AAACGUAUCCCUGUCGGCUGAAACUGUGAGAAAGAGUUUGUUUUUUCGGCGGAGGGAGAAAAGCAGAAGAAGACGAUGCGGCAUACGGUGGAGCUUUCUGAGUCUGUUGGCGGUUUUCUGUAAAUGAGAGAGGGCUGUAGCGCGGCGUUUUGUUUUGAUUUCCAUGUGAAAUGCAAUUAGUGCUCCGAGGUGCUCGCUAGUUUGGCUCGCCGAGCGGAGCACACUCACAACUUCUUUCUCGCGCAACAUGGAGCACUACCAGGAGGAUUUGGGACUCCGAGCCAGUACAUUAAUGGAGGACCUUUCCCUGUACGAUGCCUAUAAAGACGGGAUGUACAACGCGAGGAGAGACUUGGUGAUAAACCCCGAUUUAGACUUUUCGGCUCCGGUAGCAGCGGAGCAUAAAAGUAAGCCAAUGAAUGGUACCUCUGUGCUCCACCAGCAGCAUCACACUGUGGAGAAUUUCACCGCGGCGAAUAAAGUGUACACGGCGGCUCCGGUACGACCUGUGAACUGCACCAGGACCGUGCCUGUGGAUUUCUGUGCCCCUCAAAGAGACGCAGGUUACACUGAGGAGGGCUGCUGCACCAAAUCCGAGGUGGCUCUGCCCUGCUACACGGGCGCUUCAGAGAGGCACAGGAGGUACUCCUUGGAGGUGCAGGGCCACAGGUACAGCACCGGGUCUACAUUUGACGGAGUGCCUCUCAACAAACCCGUACCGCUGCCCGGCAACAGGUGCAACAGCGUCUGCAUCACCAGCAGCCACGACGGGAGAUACAACGCCACCAGCCCCCGGUCCAGCCUAGCAUCAUCCCUGUCCUCCCAGGAGCAGAGCAAGCACGCCAGCCCGAGAUCCAGCAUCAGCAGCCCGCGUACGAGUCUAGUAGUGCCGGGUCAGGACAGGUACACGAGCCCCAGGUCUAGUUUAGUUCACUGUGAGGGCAACAGUGUCCUCAGUCCCAGAUCCAGCUAUGCAAGUACAGCUAGCGACACCAGUAAACACUCCAGCCCCAGGACCAGCCUCAACAGCUGCGACUGCUGCAGCAAGCCGAGCAGCAACCGAACCAGCGGGAUCAGCAUGGGCUACGACCAGAGGCACACAAGCCCCAGGUCCAGCACAGCCAGCCAGUACUCCUUCACCACCAGCCCGAGGUCCAGUUACUCGGACUCCAGGUAUGGGCCCGGGGGCAACCAUGACCUAGAAGGGGCGAUUUUACACCCAGCACCGAGCCCUCGGUCGAGCAUCUGCAGCCAGGAUGGGAGCGCCAGACCAGGGACUUCUGCAAACUGCGUGGUCAGCCCCCGCUCCAGCAUCUCCAGUCACAGCUCGAGGAGUUCACGCAGCUCCAGGGGGUCUAUGAGCACCUACCCGGACAUGCAGCUGCCCUCGCCCAGGUCAUCAAUGCUGGGCACCAGUUUGCACGAGGACACCUUGUUGCAGGAGUUUGGGGACUCAAAUGGCAUCCAGAACCGCCUCCAUCUCCAGGGGCUGUCAGCGGUGCCGGAGCCACAGCAGCAGUCAGCACAGCCGGUAGGGACUGUGGAGAUGACCGCGGGGUCGCCUUCAUCCUUUAGUUAUGGGGUCUCAUCUAAAGUAGCCUCCUCAAGCCAGAGGUUCAAGAUACCUUACCAGGUGACCCCUAGCAGGGAGAGCGGGCCAAGCCAGGCGGAGAGACGGCUGGAGGCGCUCACCUUGGAGCUGGAGAAGGAGUUAGAGAUGCACAUGAAAAAGGAGUACUUUGGUAUCUGUGUCAAAUGUGGGAAGGGAGUGUACGGAGCCAGCCAAGCCUGCCAGGCCAUGGGGAACCUGUAUCACACAAACUGCUUCACCUGCUGCUCCUGUGGGCGGAGGCUGCGAGGAAAAGCGUUCUACAACGUCAACGGGAAGGUCUACUGUGAGGAGGAUUUUCUGUACUCUGGUUUCCAGCAGACAGCUGAGAAGUGUUUUGUGUGCGGUCACCUCAUCAUGGAGAUGAUCCUCCAGGCGCUUGGAAAGUCCUACCAUCCAGGCUGUUUCCGCUGCGUGGUGUGUAAAGAAGGUUUAGAUGGGGUGCCUUUCACCGUGGACGUGGAGAACAACAUCUACUGUGUCAAAGACUAUCACACGGUUUUUGCUCCUAAGUGUGCCUCCUGCAACCAACCCAUCCUUCCAGCCCAGGGCUCAGAGGAAACCAUUCGGGUCGUUUCUAUGGACAAGGACUACCAUGUGGAGUGUUACCACUGUGAGGACUGUGGUCUCCAGCUAAAUGAUGAAGAGGGACAUCGCUGUUAUCCACUGGAAGGCCACCUGCUCUGCCACGGCUGCCACAUCCAACGACUCCAGUCGCAGGUCCCCGCCCACAUGCCCCCCAGCUACCCCCUCCAUGUCACUGAGCUGUGAGGAGGAGGAGGGUGGGCAGCAGCCAAGCCCAGCCUCUCAGGUGAUCUGAGACACCAGCAACAGAGGAGGAAAAAGGCCGGGAAAACCUCCGUGUGGCCAUCUGAGCUGAACUACCAGGCCGUGGGCUAACACACACUGUGCAGCUCCCACCACAGGCCCUGCUGUCACAUGACAGGGCUGGGAAAAAAGGGUCCCCCCCUCCUCCUCUAUCUGCGGUCCUUUCCUCCCCCCAUCCCCUGGGGUGCCUAACCCUGAAAGCCAACACGCCAGCUCACCCAGAGGCCCCUGGUGACGUCACACCUCCUGACCCCUGCACAUUCAUCAAAGGGAGAGGGGUUUUUAGAUCUGAGGGGAGAAUACAAACUCUUCUCUCUCCUUCUCCUCUCUGUUUCUUUACUUGUUUUUCAUUCCUGUGCUCUGACUGAAGCGGUUAAACCGUCUGAGAUCGCUGCUGAUGUCGACGUCAGGAUGGCCAGGGAAUGAGCUGCAACAUUCCAGUGCUGGCUGGACAGGACGGACCCCAGGGUGGGCGUGCUGUGCCUUCAGAGCGGGCUCUCCGAGCAGCUUCUAACACUGAAAAGGAGUCCUGCUAAAGGCUAUGCAAGGGACACCCAGCAUCAUGACCAGGGCUGAGAGAAACUAUUAACUGCAGCACCCCAACGUAACCGAUGCACUGUAGCAGCACGAGCGCAGAGGACCGACUGACAUUCCACUUAGACGUCUUAGACCAGACCUCGAGAGAUUCACAAGCAGUGUCUUAAUAAUGAUUAUACUAUGACAGAAAAAGAAAAUUUUAGAUGCACAUAGAUUGUCUUUUAUAUAUGAAUAUAUAUUUUGCAGAUGUUUUCCACAUAAGAUCAUAGAUGUAGAUUUUUGUUUGUGCUCGCAGUAGACUCAGAGGUGAACCAUGCUGUCUUCUGAAGAUUUUUGGGUCUGUUGUAUCAUUUCUCCUCCAGGACUCAGAACCCAUUCAUGUCUGCCAGUUGGUCACACACCACAAAAACACAGAUGUUAGUGAGUGUUUUUGCCUGAUUGGUUGUCAAAAAUAUCUCAUUACACUCAAUAUAAGCCACAUUCACCAGAUCAGUAUGGAUCAUAGUCUGAGCCCUACAGUCGAAAGCUUCUUCUUACAUUGCAUUUUCUUCUAUCCCCUGUAAUAAGGUGUACAUUUUGAUUAUUUUCUUGAGAUUCUGAAGAAAUUAAGACAUUAAGUUAAGAAAACUAGUUUUCCUCAGAAAAAGAGUUAAACAGGUUGAGAACAUAAGAAAAUGUCUGAAGUACACCUAUCAUGGAAGAACAGAGUAAAAAUAACAUGUAUGGAUGUAUUUCGGCUUAGGUCUUCCAUACAUCCUAGACUUUUUACCACAGUUUUUUCCAGGAACACCUUCACAACCUACUGAAUAAAGCUCCAUGACCCACCAGUUGAGAGCCACUGGUAUAGACAAUGGAUGGACAGAUGGAUUUUAAAUCCUGUAUUUUGACACAUGGCCCACCUGUUACUAAUAAGGAGGUUAUGACCUUUACUGCAGCAAGUCAGUAGGUGGAGCUAUGAAUGCUGUUGUUCUGUCCACUUUGAUUUACAGUCAAAAUCGGAGAUGACAAAUAUUUUGGAAUGACAUUUCUACAUCUAAACUAGUUUGUACUUCUCAAUUCAGGACACUUGACUAGUAAAUAUACAGUCCUGUCUGAUAAAUGUGGCAAAAAAAAUGUAAUGAGAUAUUUUUGACUGGAGAUGGGAUAAAAACACUUGUACAAUUUGUGAUUUUGCUGUGUAGAUCCAUAGGCUUUGUAGGAGCAGACCUGGCUCAAAAAGCAUUUGCCAUCAUUUAUCUCCCUUUUUUUGAGAACCAAAGGCUUGAACUACGUUUUUUGCAACCAACCUCUUUGCAGAUACAGACAGAAUUAAAACACACAACUAAUCAGGCACUUCUGCAUACCUUCAAUUCAGAGUCUUUGUUUACACUUAGUGCAGAGUGUUCAGUAAAUGCAAGCAACAAAAAAAGUAAAGAUGGCCCUUAGUGAAGCACUGAAUAAACUAAAUGAUUUCUUAACUAUUUAACAGUGCGGUUUAUAAAUGUAGUAUUACAUUGCCACUGCUCUUUUACAGGACUUUUCAGAGUUGCACAGUCUGAGUUUCUGUCCAGGGUGCCACCAGUUUGCCAAGUUAUCACGCAGAGCUCAGAGAUUAAGAUUAAGCUUGAUCUGAAAAUCUGGGAGCUUAGCUAGCUAGAAAUUAGUUUUUAAAUACAAAGAUUUAGGCCCUGUGGUGAAGAACAGGAAGACUUGCAACUGUAACAGAAGUCAAAUGUCAGAGAAAAUGCACAGUGUUAAAAAGAAAGAUACAGGCCAAAAUAAAUGUGAUAGUUUAAACAAUAGCAACAACUUAGAAACAGAAAAAAAUGCCUUGGUAAUAAGAUCAAGCUAUAUAAGUGUUUAAAAUACUUGAAGUAUUUCUAUGUCCCCUUAUCUUUCUGAAAAUGUUGCGCAGCCCGUCUGGGGGUCAGAGGAAUCAAACAAAUUGAAGGAUUAUAUGCAAAUAUCUUUUGCUCCAGGUCUGUUCAGGACACUGUUUCCUGGAGUGCAACCCAGACACUGUCGUGUUUUUUUCUUUGUCAUACGAGCACUGAGAGAAAAGUGUGUUAAUACGAGGAACCUCCACUUGUCCGCAUGCCUUAAGACAGAACAAGUAUGUUUGUGUGUCUCGCUCUGGUUAACCAUUCAGUCUGCUGUUAUAUGAUGCGAAGACGUCCAUGAAAAACCUGGAGCUGCUGGUCCCACCCAGGUUUUUAGGGAGUCUCAACAUUUUCCCCUGUGUGUGUGAGUGUGUGUUUGUGAGUGUAUCAUUGAUUGUUUAUAAUUAUGGACGACAUGUAUCGAUCUCUUUUUGUUGUUCAAAAGUAAAGCCAAAAUACCCCAUUUACAGGCACAGUGAUAUUGACUAUUUGAAGCCAAAACAACGGAAUCUGAUUGGUGGAAUGGCUUUAUUGCGCCCCACCCCUUCCUCUAACCCGAAUACACAUUUAACCCAUUGACAAAGGGCCAUUGAUAGAUUGGCACCAUAUUUUUUUAAAGUUAUCAUAAAACUAGAAUUUUAAACGUUGAUAUAUUACUAAUUAAGGAAGCAAAUAGCACUCUAACAAUAAACUUCUUAUGGUUCAGACUUACAUAUUGAGAAGUCAGCACACAAAAAACAUCCUUUCAAGCAGUUUUAUGUGGUCACUGCCUUGCCUAAGAAUAAAACAGCUUAUAGGGACAUUUUUUGAGUUCUGACUCCUCAAUUUUGUAUGUUACUAAUACAAAAUUAACUUUUAAUGCCUGUUCUGGUACCACUGCAACAAAAUGAGGUCCCAUAGCCCCAACAUUUGGAAGCUUCUUGUCUUUUAAGGUAAACUCUUGCACAGCAUCUGAACUGCACAAAUAAGUUGGCAACAUCUUGCUACCAAGAAGAACGUAAAGAUUGAGAGUGUUGAGAAAUUCCAGUUUGCCUUAAAAUAAAACUGAAGAUCUUCUUUUUUUAAAAUGUAUUUUUCUUUUUUUUUUUGAUUAUACCACUGGAAAAUACAGGAUAUUAUAUUAUCAAAAUAGCUUGACAACCUUAAUAACACAGAUUUGUGUCUCAACUGAAGGCUAAAGUUCAAAAAAUCUUCUUUCAGUCCUUAUUAUGUUUUUUCCUUCUUCCUUUACUCUUGAUCCAGGAAGGAGCGCUGCAGGAGGCACCCUUUAAAAACAGCUGUUGGCUUUACAUCCAUUCUAAUAGCAUGAAGUAACUAUUUAAAACAGAGCUUCUUAGAACAGACAUACAAUCAGGCAUAAACUAGUAAAGUAAAAGCUGACUAUGAUAAAAGAUACAUUUGAGACAUAUUUGGCAUGUAUUUUAUGCCUUACGGCACAUCUGUUAACACUGAGGAGGCUGAGCUCAUGAACGCUGUAUCCAACCAGCAGGGGGAGCUCCAAACAUUUUGGCUUUGCUUUCUGGAAACAUUUGUAGCGUCCACUGUGUCAUCCAUAUUUAUAGACUGUCUUUGGUGUAUAUCCAGUAUGCAAAACAGCGACUAAAGACUGAAACACUUGAAACUGUGAGCUAUGGUGCUGCAAGAAAUACUAGUCUCAAUCCUCCCUACUUAGUCAAUGUUUUUUUCUUAAUUCGCACUAAAUACAUCAUUCCCUGUACAUGAAGAGUAGCAGGUCUCGAUUCUUCCUCAAUCUUGCACCACACAGAAAUUUAGCUGCUGCACAUAAUCCCAAAUGUGCUUUUUUUCCAGUCCAGGCUAAUUGUGUAAAUGUUAAGUGUGCUUGAGCUUGUGUGUUUGUUUGUGUGUACGCGCACUAGUGGCAGGGCCAUGGUGCAUGCACCUCACUGUGUUUGCAGGGCAGCAUCCAGAAAAACAAGCCCUGCUCAUGAUUUUCAUGACUGCAUUUUGUUAAUAAUAUCUCCUUUUCUCAGAUGUUUGUGUGCAAUUGUUGGUGUGUGUUUGAACAUCUGUCUGAUACCAUAUCUGUGGAGUUUAAAGGAAAUAUUUCAGUUGCUGAUGAUUCAUCCAAACUUCACCUAUCUGGUAUUUAAAUGACAAAACAUUCUCCGACACUUUUCAACAAAGUCUGGCCCAGCUCUCAUUCAUACUGUGUUACUGUUCAUGCAGGCCUGAAUAAAUACUACUGAAUGUGUCUAAAACAGAGAUGGAAUCCGAAACUGAAGGCAGAGGGUCCUUUCUCUUUGAAUGUAAUAACAAUGAGUCUGUUCUGGUUGUAUAUUUUUAAAAGCAGGAGAAAAAGACUAUUAGACAUUCCCCUUGUGAUUUUAUAACCUCAGCUUUGUAUAGGGGCUCUGCUUUAACAGUGUGUGCCAUACUUGAAGAAUGAGGCAUUUCAGAGCAUCAGCCCCCAGGAAAAACUUAACCAGAUGAGAGCAUAUCCCAUUUAAAGAUGUCUUAAUACACCUGUUUUCUAAAAGUACUACUUCAGUUUCUAUUGCAUAGCACACACAUAGUUACCCUGUACAUAAAGAGGCUAGUUUUUAAUUUUAUUUUUCUGUCAAAUAUCACUCGGAAAGGGAAGAGUUCUUCUCAUACUGGUAGUUCCAACAAGCACAUCUUGACACCUGUCUGUCACACAUCUUUUGUAUCGUUCUGUUUUGAUUACCUAGAUGGUUCAUAAAAAAAGGAAACUAGAUCUAUUUAUCUAAACAUGAAAAAAGUCUAAAGUUAUUUAAUGUAUAAAAAUCGGGACGUAUCAUUUAACUGUAGAUGACAAUCUGCUUUUUCAAUAAAGUGGUUUUGUAGCUAACUGCAA